CGUCCGGCCGACCCAAACACCAUUCGAUUCGGGCACCUCUGCGUCGCGCGGAUGCCUGCCUGCGGUGUUUGCACCGCCAACGCCGCCUCCCUUGUCCGUGAACGCGGCAGAUUCGCACGCCGAAGCAGCUAGCCGCGGCAACGCCUCGAGAUCUCUCGUGGACCGUUCGUGCGCCGAGGGAAGCAUGAACGGUGGUGUAGGCGAUGCGCACAGGGCCGCGCUGAUGCAGCAGCAGGGGAUGUCUCUGCCGAUGGCGAUGGCAUUUGUGCCCGAGCCGGCCAACUCCAAGCCGAGGCCUCCGGGGCUGCCGCCGACGCCUCCCCAAAUGUUCGGCGGGCAGCGCGCCGUGGCGGGCGACGUGUGCAUGGAGGACACCGGGGCGGCGGGGCUGCCGCCGAACAAGGCGCACCGGCGCUCCCGCAGCGAUAUUCCGUUCGGGUACUUCCCGCCGCCCAAGGUGGAGGCCGGCUGGGGCCACCACCCUGGCGGCGACGCCGACGACCUGUUCAACGCGUACCUGAACUUGGAGGGUCUGGACGGGCUCAACUCCUCCGACGAGCGCCACGACGACGGGGACAGCCGCGGGAGCAGCAUGAAGACCAACGGCGCCGACAGCAGUGAGAACGAGUCGGAGGAGUGCGCCGCCGACAGCCGCGGCGGGAUCCGCCUCUGGGACGACGCCAGUGAGAGGCGGGAGGGCCUCAAGAGGAGCGCCGCUGGGGAGCCGCUGGCCCGGCACGCCAGGAGCCUGUCCAUGGAUAGCCUCAUCGGGAAGCUUAACUUUGCGACCGGCGAAGCGACGACGGAGGCCAACGGCAUCAUGCCGGGGCCGAACAGGUUCAACCUGGAGUUCGGUAGCGGCGAGUUCACCCCCGCCGAGAUGAAGAAGAUCAUGGCCGACGAGAAGCUGGCCGAGUUGGCGCUCGCCGACCCCAAGCGAGUCAAGAGGGUGCUGGCGAACAGGCAGUCGGCGGCGCGGUCCAAGGAGCGGAAAAUGCGCUACAUCGUGGAGCUGGAGCAGAAGGUGCAGAUCCUGCAGACGGAGGCCACGACUCUCUCCGCGCAGUUCACGCUUCUCCAGCGCGACUCGGCGGGGAUCGCGACGCAGAACAACGAGCUCAAGUUCCGGCUGCAGGCCAUGGAGCAGCAGGCGCAGCUGCGCGACGCACUGAAUGAGGCACUGACAGCCGAAGUCCAACGCCUGAAACUCGCGACUGCAGAGCUCGGCGAUUAUUGCUCGUCCAACAAUAUUGCCCAGCAGAUUCAGCUCAAUGCUCAGGACCAGAUGUUUCAACUGCAGCAGCAGCAUCAGGCUGCACAGAUACCGUUUUACCAGCUGCAGGCGGCGCAGCAGAACGGCGCAGGGAAGAACCAUGAAUCAAAAGAAUAAUCUCAGAGGCAUUAAUAUUUGGACCGUUCAUGAAAAAAGAGAGAAAAGAACAUCGGUUUAGAUGAGCUGAAACCAUUUGAUUUACUAACUCAUUGGUUUUUAAAUGUCGUUAAUAGUCACCUUGUACUUUCCAGGAGAUGGAUAUGAUUGUACUUUUAUAUGUUUAUUUAUUCUUUGGAUGAUACAGUUGUUGUUUGAGUUACCAAAUUGAUUAAAUUGUAGCGGAUUAAUAUUCUUUUUGUACUAGUGUAGUAGUGUAUCUGUUUCUUGAUGUUUUGCGCUUCUUGGUACCUGAGGAUGCAAAUACUUGUCGAUGCAGAAAUGUGGUUGACAUGAUAUUACAGUUGCCCCUUCAUUUGA